UUAGUUCUUUCAGCCUGGCCAGACUGUAAGGAAAGCUGCAUCACACGGGUGAAGCAGGAGUCCCUGUUGUAAACAAAUCACACAGACAUCCGGAGUGUUUUAGGCCCCGUCGGCUUCUUCCAGUUCCAGACGGACACAACAGUCAAAAUAACCACAGGAGUGGAAGAAGUACAGUCAUGGCUGAACGGUGGAGGUUCUAUGGUGUGCUGAUCACCACCCUUCUGGUCGUGAUGCUGCUGCCCGCGUUCUUGUCUGCAGGGCCAGUUCUGCAGAAGUCCAAAAGAGAUGUGGGGGAAAGUAUCCAGGAAAAGGCAGAAGCUGCAGCUUUACACAGAAGGCUGAUCCGUAAUCGCAGGAAUAUCAGCUGGUACAAAGAGCACUCUGACUUCUGGGCCUGGUACAAGUACUUCACAGACAAUGGCAACCAGGAGGCAGUUCAGGAAAUGGACAAGAUCUACCUGGCCUAUCUCCAGAACAAGAACCGUGCUGAGGCGCGCCAGUCCUACAAGGCCUACUUGCGCCACUUGGGGGAGAUUUACAAGUCCUGCGCCAAUUCUGACGAUUCCAGCUGUGUGGCAUCUUAUACAACCAGGCCCAAAUCCAAACCAGAGCUCCCUAAACCAGCACCCAUAAAGACAUGUGACCCAACAAAGGAUGCUCACUGCUUGUAUAUGGCUCUAGUCCAGGGUAAGAGCCCCUACCUGCCCCUGGUGGUCCCAGUUGCCCCUGCAGCACCAGUCAAGGCCCCCGCUCCUUUGUAUGUUCGUGCUGCUGCUCAAGCGAAGGACCCAGCUUCAGGACAUUAUUACUAUGCUCCAUCUGCAGCAUCUUUCCUCACCAAGGAGCAGAAAGCUGAGCUGCUGCGUAUCUGCUCUGCUGAUGAUGUGGAGUGUAUGCAGUACCACCUCAGAGCUGCCUAUGGGUAUCGUACCUCUGCUGGAUCCCUCCCGUCGUACGGCCAUCUGGGCUGUGACCCCAAGAAAGAUCCUGCCUGCAAACCUAAACUAGUUCAAAAGGCCCCUUCUGGUCUCUACAUUCAGUACCCCAACUGUGAUCCACUCAGGGACCCCUACUGUGCCUAUGCUGCCUCUCUUGUGGCUCCGCGUGCCCCCAACCCCCCAGCACCCGCUGGUCCUGGAUCCUGCAACCCUCUUUUUGAAGAUAACUGCAACCCUCUGACUGCCACCAGAUUCUCCUCUCCCCCAGAGGAGUACAGAAGUAAUGAAAGAGAUGAAGCAGCUGCUAUUCGUGCAGCUCCUCCUCCUGCUGAGCAGAAUGACCCUUAUGCCAUGUAUAGGGAUGCUUAUGCUAAUGCUAACAGAGUUACUGAUCCAUACGCCAUGUACCGCCAGCAUCCAACCUCAGCCGCUCCUCAGUCUACUGACCCAUACAGCAUUAUUCGUCAAUUCAUGUCCCGAGCUCAGGAUAAUGACCCGUACGCCCCACGCAUUUCUGCUCCUGAAUCUAACCCUAAUGAUCCUUUCUCUGCUGUCCGGGAUGCCAUGAAUCGUCAGCGCUUUCUCUCACCCAGGCAGCAGUACCCGUUUUCCAAUCCCAGUUAUGAGGAGCCACCUCAGGAGGAGCAUCACCCUCUGGGACCUCCAGGUAAAACCAAAGAGGGCUAUGAUUGCUACAUUGGUUACGAUCGUGAAUGCUUCCCAGUAAGGCCCAGCCAACCUCGCUCCGGAGCUUCUCAUCGUACUCCCUUCCCCGCCGAGGCCUACCAACCCUACCAGAGCACAGAUAGUGCCCGCAGCGGUGUCCUGGAGCCAGACAACCCUCACUGCGACCCGGAGUAUGACCCUGACUGCCGCCUGCGUCGCUUCCAGCCACAACAACCCCAACCCGAACAUCACACCGAGGAGGAGCAUGGUCGGGGCACAGGAGAAUCAGAGCAGCACGGACAAGACCAGCAAGAGGCCGAGCCCUACCAAAGCGGUCAGGAGGAGCCUUAUAUGGCCUACCCGCCUCCCUCGCAGGGCAUGCCCAGCCUCCAGGACAUCCUCAGGAGUUACGGAGACCGCUUUCCCGAGCAGGAUGACCACAGAGCUUACUCAGACGACUAUCGCAAAAAGUAAAGGUGCGCAUGCAAACAGAAAGACAUAAAACACAAAGUCCCAUGCGUUCCUGUAGCUCAGACCUUGAACGCCUUAUGCAGCAAGCAACCUGCUCUGACUGGUCCGGAAAUGUGACAUAGGUCAAGUCUGUAGCGCUAAUGAGCAAGAACAUGCACAUAACGUCCAGAUAUAACCUCCGACUGAAGGAGCACGCUCAGAAACAUUGCUGAAAAUCGGUGGCUUUGUAUGACUUUUGAUGCUUCAAACCUAUUCAGUUCCUUUGUUUUCUGCCUUCAACCUCAUUCUCACACUAAUAAUUCCUUCAAACUUUGCUUCUGAAUCUAUGCUUUAAACAUUUUAAAGUUUUAUCUGUUGCUGUCAGUGAUGGAUUUUGUAAAGAUUGUUUUUCUUCAUUUUGAAUGUUCCAAUAAAAAACACUCUAGAA